AACCCAAGUUCAAAGGCUGAUGAGAGAGGAACGCUCACGAGGAGCUUUGACUACAGGAAGACUUCUUCAGUGGAUGGGAUCUUGGUGCUCGGGGAAGAUGUCAGGCUCUAUCUGGCUCCUUCUCAGCCUCGCUGCUGUAUCUCUUGCUCAGUCGACCACCGAAGACCAGGCCAGGAGCUUUCUGACCACAUUUAACAAUGAAGCCGAAAACGUCUCUUACCAAAGUGCCCUUGCUUCUUGGAAUUAUAACACCAAUAUUACCGAAGAGAAUGCCAAAAAGAUGAGUGAGGCUGGGGCCAUGUGGUCUACCUUUUAUGAACAACAGUCCAAGCUGGCCAGUAAAUUCUCACUGGAAGAAAUGACUGAUCCCAUCAUCAAGCUUCAGUUAAAGGCCCUGCAGCAUAAAGGGUCAUCGGUGCUAUCAGAAGAGAAGAGCAAACGGUUGGACACGAUUCUCAACACAAUGGGCGCCGUCUACAGUACUGCAAAAGUUUGUAAUCCCAACGAUCCCGGGAAAUGCUUUGUGCUUGAGCCAGGGUUGGAUCACAUCAUGGCAACCAGCACAGAUUAUGGCGAGAGGCUCUGGGCUUGGGAAGGCUGGAGGGCUGAGAUCGGCAAGCAGCUCCGGCCAUUGUAUGAAGAAUAUGUGGACCUGAAAAAUGAGAUGGCAAGAAAGAAUGGUUACGAGGACUAUGGGGAUUACUGGAGAGGAGACUAUGAAACAACUGAGUAUAGCCGCAGCCAACUGAUUAAAGAUGUGGAACAUACUUUUGAACAGAUUAAACCAUUAUAUGAACAUCUGCAUGCCUACGUGAGGAGAAAGCUGAUGGACGUCUACCCUCAGCAAAUCAGUCCAACAGGAUACCUCCCUGCCCAUUUGCUUGGUGAUAUGUGGGGUCGGUUUUGGACCAAUCUAUAUCCUUUGACAGUUCCUUUUGGACAUAAACCAAACAUAGAUGUCACGGACGCAAUGGUGAAGCAGGGCUGGGAUGCAACCAGGAUAUUCAAGGAGGCUGAAAAAUUCUUUAUGUCUGUGGACCUUUUUCCUAUGACUCAAGGAUUCUGGGACAAAUCGAUGCUCACUGAGCCAAACAACGGUCAGAAAGUGGUCUGCCACCCUACCGCCUGGGACCUGGGGUUGAACGACUUCAGGAUCAAGAUGUGCACAAAGGUGGCAAUGGAUGACUUCCUGACAGCCCAUCACGAGAUGGGACACAUCCAGUAUGACAUGGCAUAUGCCAAUCAACCCUUCCUGCUAAGAAAUGGAGCUAAUGAGGGGUUCCAUGAAGCUGUUGGAGAAAUCAUGUCACUGUCUGCUGCUACGCCUGAGCAUUUGAAAGCCCUUGGCCUCCUGCCAUCUGAUUUCCAGGAGGACACUGAAACAGACCUGAACUUCCUGCUCAAACAAGCACUCACAAUUGUUGGAACUCUCCCCUUUACUUACAUGCUGGAGAAGUGGAGGUGGAUGGCCUUUAAGGGUGAAAUUCCCAAAGAUCAGUGGAUGAAAAAGUGGUGGGAGAUGAAGCGAGAGAUUGUAGGGGUGAUGGAACCUGUGUCUCAUAAUGAAUCAUACUGUGACCCGGCAGCUCUGUUCCACGUUGCUAACGACUACUCAUUCAUCCGAUAUUACACAAGGACUAUUUAUCAGUUCCAGUUCCAGGAAGCCCUUUGUAAAGUGGCUAACCAUCAGGGUCCUCUGUACAAAUGUGACAUCACCAAUUCCACUGAGGCUGGGAGGAAGCUGCUUGGUAUGCUGAGACUCGGAAAAUCAGAACCCUGGCCCUCAGCAUUGGAAAAGGUGGUAGGAACGAAGAAUAUGGAUGUGACACCACUUCUCAACUAUUUUGAGCCCUUGUUUACCUGGCUGAAAGAACAGAAUAAGAAUUCUCCGGUGGGAUGGACUCCAGUUACUACUUCCUCAGGUUCUGACCCCAUCAAAGUGAGGAUAAGCCUGAAAUCUGCUCUGGGAGACAAAGCGUACGAAUGGAACGAGAAUGAAAUGUACUGGUUCCGCUCAUCUGUUGCAUAUGCCAUGAGAGAGUACUUCUCAAGAGUCAAAAACCAGACGGUUCCUUUUGGAGUGGCCAAUGUGCAGGUGAGUGAUUUUAAACCAAGGAUCUCCUUCAACUUCGUUGUCACUUCUCCGCAAAGCACGGACUACAUUCCUAAACGUGAAGUGGAAGAGGCCAUAAGGAUGUCCCGGGGUCGUAUCAACGAUGCUUUCCGCCUGGAUGACAACACCCUGGAGUUUUUGGGGAUUGAACCGACACUGGCCCCCCCUUACCAGCCCCCCGUUAGCAUCUGGCUGAUUGUCUUCGGGGUGGUGAUGGGAGUGGUGGUGGUUGGCAUUGUCUUCCUGAUCUUCACUGGGGUCCGAGACCGAAGAAGGGUAGCCCGAGAAACUGAUGAUGAAAAUCCGUAUGUCUCCGUGGGCCUGAACAAAGUCUCGGACAAGCCAGGAUUCCACGCUAAUGAGGUCCAGACCUCAUUUUAGCAAACUGAUCUGAUAGCUACAUGUGAUUCUAUAGGAGGCCAAUACUAAUUUCAAAGUACAGCAAAGAUGAGAGUGAAGCUAUUAUUAACUGUUGAAAGACCACAGGCUCAGUUCAGGCAGUGCCGUCCAAAGACAGAGUGACCACAGGGAGGGUGCCCUGCAGUCCACGGCUUUCAGUAUUUAUUUUUGCCUCAGGAGCUGACUUCCCUUGUAUUUCCUGAAAGGGACAUUGAUAUCAAAGCAUAAUAGACAAUGUAUAUCUUUGACACACACACACACACACACACACAGAUGUUGCUAUCAAAGCAUAAUAGAGAAAGUGUAUCUUUCACACACACACACACACACACAUCCACGGGCUGGUUGGGAGAAGAGAAAUGUAACAACGUUGUGGAGUUGCUGGACUUGAAUAAAAGGCUAUAUUGUGUAA